AUGGUGCUCAUGGAGAGCUACUUCUUCUGCGCCUCGGUUCGUUUGGGUGUCCUGGUCAUUUGUGCGGCAGCUGCUCUAAAAAGCUUCACCAUUAUGUGGCUGAUCUUCAGUGAUGGAAAUAAAUUCCUCUUCGCGGUGAUUAACGUCUUUGAAAAUUAUUACAAGACCAAUGCCAUAGCUCACUCUUAUAUUAACUGGGUGGAGCAAUAUCCCAGGGAGCUGAUGAUGUUCUUUCAAUUGUAUAGUUUCUGUCAUAUAGUGUCUUGUAUAAUUGCUGCCUUUGGAGCCUAUAAGCUUAAAAGGUACCAUGUCAUACCUCUGGCAAUAUUUGAAUUUAUAUACACGGUUCAGAUAGUUGUCGUUGCCAUUUUUACACUCCGAAUGGUCAGACGCAUUGUGCCUCUGGCAACCUUGAUUCUUCUCACCAUAAUUUUAACCUUCUAUGCCAUGCUUGUAGCCUAUGACACCUUGGUUUUAGUGGCCUUUAUACAAAUCAUGCAUUUAGUGAGGACUGAGCGGUAUCAAAGGCUGUACGGAAAUGAUCCCCUCAAUCCCAUAUUGGAUGGGAUCCCUCAACUUGAUCUGCUUGAAGGCUCUCCCAAUGCCCCGAACCCAAUUAUAAUCUACGUAAUGCCCAAGCCUGGGCAAAAACUUUGGGAUCAGCAGCCAAAAAAAUGGUGGCAGUCUGAGAGAAACGGACCACAAGUUCGUAAGAAAUCAUUAGUUCAGGAAAUAUCGGCUGAUUAUUUUCAAAGAGAAGAACUCGUAUCUAAAGUUUUGUUACGUAAUGCCGUUAAUGGGGAUUAUUGGAAUCCGAAAAAGGUUACAUCCUAG